AGCUCACAUGAAAUCAUAUGGAUACUGCCACAUAUGUGGAGGAGGUCCCUUUCUACUCGGCAGUCUUUACACUCAUUUGCGUAAUGUCCACAAAUGUUCUGCUGAAGAUAUCACGGAAGUGCAACAAAGGAUAAGAAGAGCACUUUACGGACCGGGCUCGAAUUGUGAUCUUUGUGGCAAACUCUACCACUCCAAGUGUUCACUUAGGAAACACAAAAAAGAUAUUCAUAAGCAAGUGUGUGAACCACGAAAGUCCGUUCCCUCUACCAUCCCUACGACAUCUACGCCAACGAAAUCCUUGCCAUCGACAAAGCCCAGAAAUCGUGUCGUUUGCCCUAGAUGUGAUUUGGUGUGCAACACAUACUCUGAUUUUGCCGAACAUUGUCAAGAGAAACACCAUGAGGAAGCAGAUUUUACAAUUCAUAGGGAAAUAUUUAGCAGUUGGACACUUUUCAAGACUUGGAUGACUGAAAUGGAGCGCGAUUCUCCUUCAAGAUUGGUUGCCUGUAGCGGUAGAAGAAUUACACGAGGAGCAAUUCGUACCUAUAGAUGCCGUUACGCUUACCUUAAGAACGCUGUACCAGCCCAAAACCAGGGAAAACGUCAACAAAAGCAUUGCCCUUCUUAUGCAAAAGUACUAAAAAGAGACGACGAACCUUCUGAGUCUUCAGAUGAUUCUGACAUGCUUGACUUGCGUUCAGACUCUUUUUCUCCAAUGUGUUACGAGUUGGGCAAUCAAGAAAUCCAAAAAGAUUACGCGUUUGAAAGCGAAGAAAAUGAUGAAAAAGAAGAAGAAAGAGAACCCGAGGAAGAGCCCAAAGCCAAAAGAGGGAAAGAACACAAGAAAAGGACAAGCAAAAAUGAAGAAAAAAUCGCAAAAAGGGAUGGAGAUAGAAGUGAAGAGCACGAAGAAGGAAGCCAGGAACGAUGCGAACAAGGCGGAAAUGAAGAGCCUGAAAAAUGUAAAAGUGAGGCGAAACUCAAAGAAGAGAAAAGCGAGGAAAAGUGUGGAAGAGGCACUUGCGAACCAGAAUCACUAGCUGAGUCUCCAAAUCUGUUCUAUAUGUGGUAA